GGCACCGGCUUGAACAGGAGUAACGACACAAUGAAAAAGAAAAAAGGAGAAGGGUGUAAAGGACGAGAAAGAGAGCUAUAAGAUGGGGACGAGAUGGUAUGAAAAGAGAGGAGAAGGUCAGAAGGUAUGAGAGCAUUAGUGAGGGCUGCGCAUGGCAUACAGACAGACACCAACUGUGUGCAGUGUGGAUAUAGUGCAAACAGAAAAUACAGCACAUAAAACAGGAGAGGUAAUAUAAUUCUAAUCCUCUGUGAAAGUAGAGCAAAUAUUGAAUUUAUAUCGGGGUCUGGUGUUAUAUUAGAGACUUGUGAGCUCAGCCUGUGGAGGAUAAGCUGCAGGGGAGAGAGCUGGUCCUGCUAGCCAGGAGAGGAUGCUUGAGACUGGGGGACGGAGACAGACAUGGGCUGUGGAGCGCUCUGCCCUCCAGUGUCUGAGCUUCAGGAAGAGGGGAUCAAUGCCAUCAACCUUCCUCUCAGCCCUUCCCACUAUGAGCUGGACCCUGAGGACACCAUGCUAGAGGAGAAUGAAGUGCGCACUAUGGUGGACCCCAACUCCAAGAAUGACCGCAAACUGCAGGAGCUCAUGAAGGUGUUGAUUGACUGGAUAAAUGAUGUUCUGGUGGGGGAGAGGAUCAUUGUGAAGGAUCUGGCUGAAGAUUUGUAUGAUGGACAGGUCCUGCAGAAACUAUUCGAAAAGCUGGAAGGUGAGAAACUGAACGUGGCAGAGGUGACCCAGUCGGAGAUCGCCCAGAAACAGAAGCUGCAGACUGUUUUAGAACGCAUCAAUGACUCUCUCAAACUCUCCACCAGGAACAUUCGCUGGAAUGUUGACUCGGUUCAUGCUAAGAGUAUAGUUGCCAUCCUGCACCUGCUGGUGGCGCUGUCGCAACACUUCAGAGCACCAAUCAGAUUGCCAGACCACGUUUCAAUUCAAGUAGUGGUCGUCCAGAAAAGAGAGGGCAUCCUUCAGUCCAGACAAAUUCAAGAAGAAAUCACUGGCAACACAGAGGCUUUCUCUGGCAGACAUGAGCGCGACGCUUUCGACACCCUGUUUGACCACGCUCCGGAUAAACUGAAUGUUGUCAAAAAGACAUUGAUCACAUUUGUGAACAAACACCUGAAUAAGCUCAACCUAGAGGUGUCUGAAUUGGACACACAGUUUGCAGACGGUGUUUAUCUGGUAUUGCUGAUGGGGCUGUUGGAGGGAUACUUUGUGCCACUCUACAACUUUUUCCUCACACCAGAGAAUUUUGAUCAAAAGGUCCACAACGUGUCCUUCUCCUUUGAACUGAUGCAGGACGGAGGUCUGGAGAGACCAAAGCCCCGGCCAGAGGAUAUAGUGAACUGCGACCUCAAAUCGACACUGCGUGUCCUCUACAACCUCUUCACCAGAUACAGGAGCGUCGACUGAGCACCACGCGUAGCAAGAGGAAACACUUUAUUCCAUGGACCACAUGCUACAGCUUAACAGUGUGUUUUCCUUCUAUUUGUUGUAAAAUCUCUUUUUAUCUGAAUGCAUGCAUCACAUGUUGUCCCUGUUGGAUAAUGUACCACACACUCUGUUUUUUUUUGUUUUUUUUAUUCCUGCAGACUUUUGGCUUAUGUGCCACAAAAUGUUUGACUUUUUAAUUGUAAAUUGGGCAUUACUAUACAGUCCUACAGAAAACUAUGAACUAAAUAAGAUAGCCACUAUUAAUGCUUGGUUAAGUCAUUAAUUAACUCUGUAAUGAUCUUUGUCACCCUGCAUUGAUAUCAUGAAGGGGAGAUUUUAGAUGAACAACACUUGUAUCUUUUAAUGCAGAAAAGAAAAUGUUUAACUGUAUUUAUUGUACAUUUUGGAUACACAUGUCUCUGCUCUUGUUAAUGUCAUUCAUAAGUGCUUUUAUUAAAACGUGAACACUGUCAGCUCCCAAUACUUAAUGUUGGGAUGCAUGUGCUCCUCAGUUGUCUUAACACUCCACAUUUCCUUUGCAUGUGCGGAGGAACAUUUUAAAUAUUUGACCAAAGCUCUGUUGUAUUCACACUUUAAAACGUAUAAAGGCUUUACUCUGCAGCCACUCGCUUUCUUGUAUUUUAUAUUGUAACAUGUAUCUUAUUUUUUAUUGGCGUACAUCGACAUUUUAUAAUCACUCUGUUUGUGGUUUAAUACAGUUUUCUACAUUAUAUUUUUAAUACACAUUCGAUUUCACUCCUUUCUGCAAGACAAAUUUGACUGAAUAUAUUAAAUGUUUUAGGCGACAAAUUGUAUAUUGUUUUACUUUCAAGGCAAUUUCACUUCUUCAAACAACAAAUGCAAUAACGGUCUGUGGUUCAAGCUGCCAACACAUUCGCUAUCAUGUAUCUCUUUAUGUUUUAAUGCAUUACAUUCAAUAAAUCGUUCAGUCCCUGAA